CUUAAGUUACUAUAGUUUUACUUCGAUUUAUCUAUCAAAUGAAAUUCGUGAGUGAUUUUUUUCGUGCAUCAAAUUUAGCCCCUCCAGACGCAGUUUCCCGGGCAUGGCCAUCGUCGUACAGGUCGAAUAUUCCCCGUAGAUUACGGAUGCCUGACCAACUUCAACCGAAUUACCUGCACGAGCGGGGGGAAUUCUCUCUUUGGCGAUUCGUAUUCAAGAUCAUUAAGAUUGGUGUCCUGCUGCUGAUCUGGGGCUUCUUUACCUACGUUCUGGUUCGGAUUUCGAACAAGCGCGAUGACUCCUCGGUGGUCACCGUGCUGCCCAAUGAAACUGCGCUUCGCAAAAUGCCACUUCCGAACGAUGCUGCGAGGAUAACUCUUUGGGGUCCCAUUGAUUUGCAUGCGAGGCCCGGGGAUACCCCUCUGGUGGCUGUACGGGUGGAAUGGCGUGAACCGAAUAUGAAUAGCAUAUUCCAGCACUCCGCCAUGUGGAAUGUCUAUCUGUUGAAGGACGAUGAAGCCUUCGUGAAGGCGGCCAAAACCAUUCUAGUCACACCAAGGGAAAAGAGUUAUUACAAGGGCGUGAUUUCGCUGGAGGGCAAGAACGAUCGGCCAGUGUCCCUGCUCAUGCUGGUUUCCAUCUGUCCCCUGGUGACCAAUCACGGAGUGAUCUACGCCGCUCUCCUGCUCAUUGCUCUGUACGUCCUCAUUGUCUUUGAGUUGACGGACCGCACAUUCGCGGCUCUCCUAAUGGCCACCACUGGCAUAGCUAUACUAACGGCGCUGGGAAAUCGACCGACCCUGCAAAACAUCAUCUCGUGGAUCGACUUCGAGACCCUGAUGCUGCUGCUGGGCAUGAUGAUACUGGUGGCCAUAAUGUCCGAGACCGGAAUCUUCGACUGGAUGGCCGUGCUGGCGUACAGGAUCUCGAUGGGUCAUCCCUGGCCGCUGGUUAUUCUCCUGAGCACCAUUACCGCCCUCAUGUCCUGCAUUCUGGAUAACGUGACCAUGCUGCUACUCAUGGCACCCAUUGCCAUUCGAUUGUGCGAGGCCAUUGGAGUGCAGACGCCACUCGUUCUGAUCGUGGUUGUCAUGUACUCGAAUCUCGGUGGCACCCUCACUCCGGUGGGCGAUCCGCCCAACGUGAUCAUCGCCACCAAUCCGGAGGUUGUGGAGGAUGGCAUCGAUUUUGCCACCUUCACGCUGCACAUGCUGCCCGGAGUUUUGCUGGCCCUGAUAGCGGGCUUUGGAGUAGUCUACCUGACCAUGAGGAGGUCUCUGUUUAAGCUGGAGGAACGACAAUUUGAGUUGGUGGCGGAAAGGGAGGCUGCCAGGCGUCGGAUUAGUGCGGAAAUCAACACGCGAGCCACCCAAUUGAGGGAACUUCAAUCGGCGCGACCGUGCAUUAGGCCGGCGGAUAACUAUUUCGAGACCUUGGCCCAUUUGGAGGCACAUCAUCGCAUCCGCGACAAGACGCUGCUGAUCAAGUGCAUGUUCACGAUGGUCUUCGUCAUCUUCUGCUUCCUGAUGCACUCGCUGCCCUUCAUGCCCGGCGCCACCUUGGGCUGGGUGGCCAUCCUGGCCGCCUUCCUGCUCCUCAUCCUGGCCAAGAUGAACAACAUCCAGGAGGUGCUCGACCAGGUCGAGUGGUCGGCCCUGCUCUUCCUGGCCGCACUGUUCGUGCUCACCGAGGCGGUGGACCAGUUGGGUUUCAUUCAUUGGAUGAGCGAUCAUGCGGUCAGGAUGAUCAUGAGCAUCGAUGAGCGACACCGGACCACAGUGGGCAUCCUGAUCAUCCUCUGGCUGUCCGCCAUUCUGGCCGCCUUCGUCGGCAACGUACCGGUGACGACGAUGGUCCUGCGGCUGAACAUCGCACUGCACCACAACGAGGCGAUCAAAAUGCCGCUGUCGCCAUUGAUCUGGGCCCUGUCCUACGGCGUCUGCUUCGGCGGUAAUGGCACCCUGAUUGGGGCAUCGGCCAAUGUGGUCGCAGCGGCGAUAGCCCAUCAAUAUGGCUAUAAGAUCUCGUUCAUUCAGUUCUUCAUCUACGGCUUCCCCAUGGUGCUGGCCACCAUUUCGCUAGCCAUGGUUUACCUCCUGAUGGCGCAUUCGGUCUUCACUUGGCACAAGACAUAGGUUCCCAGCGUCCAACUCUCGAAGUUGCGAGAGAUGGGAACUUGUGUUCAUUCCAUCUAUAAGAAGAAGGCUGCCAUCCAGAGAUAGAUUACGUCAAAGGACUGAAUGUAACGAUUUCUAAUUGGACAUACUAUUUUGGCAACUCGUGAGGACUAUAAAAUACUUGUAAAGUGUAAAGUGUAAGUGUCUAUUAUGGUCACUCAAUAAAGUAUAAUUUUAGCUUAA